CCUCCUUUUCUAAAUAAAUUUUGUGCUGUGUACACGUGUUCUCCACAAUGGCACCCGUCGAAAAAGCUAAGAAAGUCGCCAAAUCGGCCAAGAAGGGCAAGAAGCACCCCCUCAACUCGUACCUGAAGGGCGGAAUCUUGCGUUACUCCAAGGCUCAGAUGUACAAGCGUCGUGCCCUGUACCGCCUGAAGGACAAGAAGAGCCCAGUGGUGCAGAAGGAGAAGGUGCCAAUCACGAAGGUGAAGAAGAUCGGUGGCCCCAAGAACGGCGGUGAGCGCACAGUUUUCCUGAACAAGUCGAAGGCUAACUACCCCACCAAGACCUUCGUGAAGAAGCGCGUCUCCAAGGCCAACUUCAGCGAGCACAAGCGAAACACUCGCCGCAACCUGAAGCCCGGUACCGUGCUCAUCUUGCUGGCUGGUCGCCACCAGGGCAAGCGCGUCGUCCUGCUGAAGGUGCUGAACUCCGGCCUGCUCCUGGUCACCGGACCCUUCGCCCUCAACUCGUGCCCACUGCGUCGCAUCUCCCAGCGCUUCGUCAUCGGCACAUCGUCGCGUGUGGACUUGGGCUCGUACAAGGUGCCCGAGCAUCUGAACGACGGCUACUUCCGCCGCCUCAAGGCCAAGAAGGACAAGAAGUCUGGUGAGGCCGACAUCUUUGCCGCUAAGAAGGAGCGCUUCGUGCCCAACGAGCAGCGCAAGAAGGACCAGAAGGAGGUGGACGGUGCCCUGCUGAAGCUCAUCAAGGCCCAUCCCCAGGGUAAAUACUUCGCAAGGUACUUGCAGAACAUGUUCGCCCUGCACUCCUCCCAAUACCCACACCGCAUGCGCUUCUAAGCGGUGGACCACCAUGCAACUUCAAUUUAAGGAUUUUUAAAUACUUUGUACAAGCCCGCUGGUUACAAAAACAACAAGAUUUGUAAAAUAAACAUUACAAAAUGGAACACUCUGUGUCGAGGUAUGAAA